UAAAUCGAUUGAAGAUGUAUUUAACACCGAUAAUUUAUUGUCAUCAGUUAUCCAUUUUUGACAGUUUCUAACCACCAUAUGUUUUAAGUCGAUUAAGGAAAAGAAUCGGGUUAUAUAAAAAGAACUCGAAAUUCAAGAUGCUUCGCUCUGCUGCUUCACUGGUAAACAAAACAUCAAAAGUGCUGGCAUGUAGCAAUGGAUCUCCCAGUAUAUUAUUGGGAACUAAUGGAGCUUUCGGAGCAGCGCUAAAUACUUUAGUAGUGCGACUCCAACAAACAAUGCCUGUUGCAGAUCCAAAUAAUCCACUUCCAAAGAAAAGUCCAUCUGCUUUCGGUAGAAAUCAACCCAAUAUGGUGGAAUGGUCUAUUGCGCGUUUGGAUGAUCUUCUAAAUUGGGGACGCAAAGGUUCCAUAUGGCCAUUAACUUUCGGGUUAGCUUGUUGCGCUGUUGAAAUGAUGCAUAUUGCUGCGCCUCGCUACGAUAUGGAUCGUUACGGUGUGGUUUUCCGAGCGUCUCCCCGGCAAGCAGAUGUUAUAAUCGUCGCAGGCACUCUCACCAACAAAAUGGCACCCGCCCUACGAAAAGUUUAUGAUCAAAUGCCUGAGCCGCGUUGGGUUAUAUCUAUGGGUAGUUGUGCUAACGGAGGUGGAUACUACCAUUAUUCGUAUUCGGUUGUACGCGGAUGCGACCGCAUUAUACCGGUAGACAUCUAUGUGCCUGGUUGCCCCCCUACCGCUGAAGCUCUCAUGUAUGGCGUUCUUCAAUUGCAGAAGAAAGUAAAACGAAUGAAAACUCUGCAAAUGUGGUACAGAAAGUAGAUCACAUUGAAUUUAUAUCUCCUUAAUAUAAAGGGCACUUGAAAUCCGAUACCCUCACUACUAUAAAGAAAAUAAAUAUAGCUUCUUUAUUGAUAGAGCCACUUGGCGAUAGAUCUUUCGUGUGAUGUUAUAAAUAAACAUAAAUUAAAUAUAGUAA